AUGGUAGUGAUUGUCGAGAAAAUGGAAAUAACAAGAAGCAAUAGAAUGAUUCUUCUGGCCAUACUGAUUAUUUUGUCUGCGGCGCAUACUACAGCAUACGAUAAUUUAGCAUUAGGGAAACCUGCAUAUCAGGAUGAUGAAUGGCCUUGUAAAGUUCGAGAUCUUUGGGGGGCACAAAAAGCAGUGGAUGGGUUGUAUGAUGACCGAUCGGUAGUGGGAUUCGAAUGUACAAUAUCAAAAAACCACAAGUGGAGAGCGACGUGGAGAGUGGACCUACUCAGUAUAGUCAGUAUCAGCCACAUCAACAUCUACUUCCUGACGGACAACAGACCAAGUCCUGGAUUACGGAAGGAUCGAUUUGGAGGAUUUUUCCUCUACGUUUCAAACACAACAUCAAAAGACGACGGUCAUCUUUGUUUCCACUACGUAGAGUCGGGUUAUGAGUCAAGAUCUCAAGACAAGCGAAUAAACUGCUCUGUUCAAGGACGAUAUGUUAUAUACUACAACGAGCGAAGGCCGGGCGUGACGUAUCCCAGUUAUUAUUCUAAAUAUGCACAUAAUGACUUGUGUGAAGUGCAGGUUUGGGGCUGUCCCAACGAUUUAUAUUACGGAGAAAAUUGCACAAAACCAUGUCCAAGUAACUGCCAGGGACGUAGGUGUGGUAUCAUAACAGGAGAAUGUCUGGGUUGUGCACCAGGUUAUCAAGGACCUAGAUGCAGUCAGAUCUGUGAAGAUCAGAGAUAUGGACCCGGAUGCGCUAUGUCGUGUGGUCACUGUAGAAACGGAGAAACCUGUCACCAUGUCAACGGGACCUGUCUCAAUGGUUGUAAGGAGGGGAUGGAGGGGGAGAAAUGUGAAGAAGAAUGUCCAAAUGGAUCAUUUGGUCUUCACUGCCAGAAGAACUGUAAAGAAUAUUGUGGAGGAGAGGGGACCUGUAACCUGGUCACUGGGAUAUGUCACAGGGGGUGUAACGAGGGGUGGACCGGGCCCCUCUGUAGCCAAGUUGCUACUUCAUGGACCCACGCCUUGACCAUAAUAAUACCAGUAGCCUCCGUAGUUGUUCUCCUCGCAGGAUCUAUCAUCAUCUACCUUCUCUGGAAGCGAAAACAACGUAACGAUUUAAUAUCAUGGAUCUCAAACGUACCAGGAAGCAAUGCUCCAAGAAGGCAGCUCUGUCGAGAACGCACGUUAAAGCAGGCCUGGACAUCCAACGGUAAGAUCAGCGUCCGUGACAAUGUGGACAGGACUUAUGCGGUGCGUAAGGAGUCAGAUCUAGUCCCCUCUGGUCACGUGUUGAAAGAGGGUGGCCCCUUAUAG